CUCAUGAGUGAGGUGAGUGGGCUCUGAACGAGACCCCCCCACUCUUUCCUCCUCUUUUUGCUCGCUAUGUUGCGUGUCGCUACUGUGUUUGAUGUAGUGGAAAAUCCCACCUCACUGCUUCCGCCUCUGGGUUUCUUAAAUAUGUAACCGAAUGAAGAAGAAGCCAUUAUUAUUGCUGCUGCUGCUGCUGCUGGUAUUGUUGUAGCUGGCGUGGGUUUCUUUGUUUUCCAUUAGCUAUGGUCUUCUCUUCUUGCUUUUGCCAAUCUCAAAUCUCAUUCAAGAUUGAUCGCUCAGCAGUGGCCAUUAGACCUCAGUGUUAUACUAGAAAGGAUCAGAGGUCCACUUUUGCUCUCAAAGGAAUGAGCACAGAGCUUUUUGGUCAACAAGUUGCAAGAGCUGGAGCCAUGCGAAGCAGUGAGUGGAGUUUCAUGCGAGGAUCGAGAAUCAUAAUUAGACCAAAAGUUGCAAGAUUCAUGUUUUAUAGAAAAGGCUCUGGAGUAUAUGCUUCAUGGUUGGCAAAUCCUCAAAUUGCUAGCAGUGUUUUUACCUUGGGAACAGCGGCUGUUCUUCCAUUCUACACCCUCAUGGUUUUGGCUCCCACGGCUGAAUUGACUAAGAAGUCUAUGGAAAGUACUAUACCAUAUGUUGUGCUCGGACUUUUGUAUGCUUAUCUAUUAUACCUUUCCUGGACACCAGAUACAAUAAGGCUAAUGUUCGCCAGUAAAUACUGGCUGCCAGAGUUGCCCGGCAUGGCAAAGAUGUUCUCCAAUGAGAUGACAUUGGCUUCAGCAUGGAUCCACUUGCUGGCUAUAGAUCUUUUUGCUGCAAGGCAAGUGUUUCAGGAUGGGCUGGAGAACAAAAUUGAGACCCGACAUUCUGUUUCCCUUUGCUUGCUUUUCUGUCCCAUUGGAAUUGUUACUCAUGUCAUCACCAAAGCACUAACCAAAAGUGCAGGAGAUACAAAACACAGCAUGUAAUACCAAUUCAUUAAUGCAGAAUUCUGCAAUGCCAAACACUUUAAUUUGAAGGAAGAUUGCCAUUUGAGAAAAUGGUUAAAAUUUUACACU